UGUUAUGGUCGUCACCACGAGAGCACCGUUUCCGGUGUAAAGGUUCACUUCCUGUUCGGGUUCGGUGUCGGUCUGGCCGUAUUGGGUCCUGAAGAGACAGCAUAACUCUCAGAAAUGUCAGGGGGUACAGAAAUCAUGGCUGUUCCUCUUGGAGGAAAUGCUGAUCCAGCAGGGCUGGAGGAACCAAAGAAAAUGACAAGAGAGGAUUGGAGAAAGAAAAAGGAGUUGGAAGAACAGCGAAAGUUGGGUAAUGCCCCUGCUGAAGUGGAUGAAGAAGGAAAGGACAUUAAUCCACACAUCCCACAGUAUAUUUCAUCAGUUCCAUGGUAUGUAGAUCCUUCAAAAAGACCUACUCUAAAACAUCAAAGGCCACAAGACGAAAAGCAAAAAGAAUUUUCCCAGUUGGGUGAAUGGUACAAGAGAGGCAUUAAAGAGGGUUCGAUUGCAAUAAAAUAUCGGCCAGGAGCAUGUGAAAAUUGUGGUUCUGUAUCGCAUAAGAAAAAAGACUGCUUUGAGAGACCCAGAAGAGUUGGAGCAAGGUUCACUGGGGCAAACAUUGCCCCUGAUGAACAUGAUCAGCCCCAGUUAUUGUUGGACUAUGAUGGGAAGAGAGACAGAUGGAAUGGCUACAAUCCUGAAGAACACAUGAGGAUUGUUGAAGAGCAUGCCAAGGUUGAUCUGGCAAAACGUACAUUAAAAGCGCAAAAACUGCAGGAGGAAUUGGCCUCUGGAAAGCUUUCAGAGCAUGUGAACUCCCCAAGACACCAGUGGGGAGACGAUGACCAGAACACACAGACAGAGAGAGAUCAUAAUAGUGAGGAUGAGGAUGAAGAUAAAUAUGCAGACGACAUAGACAUGCCGGGACAGAACUUUGACUCCAAGAGGCGCAUUACAGUCAGGAACCUACGUAUCCGAGAAGACACUGCCAAAUACUUGAGGAACCUAAAUCCAAACUCUGCAUAUUAUGAUCCCAAAACAAGAGCCAUGAGGGAAAAUCCAUAUUCUGACGCAGGAAAAAAUCCAGAAGAAGUGAGUUAUGCUGGAGAUAAUUUUGUCCGUUAUACUGGAGACACUAUUUCUAUGGCCCAAACACAAUUGUUUGCUUGGGAAGCCUAUGAUAAAGGUUCAGAGGUCCAUCUACAGGCUGAUCCCACCAAGCUAGAAGUCUUGUGCAAAUCCUUCAAAGUCAAGAAAGAGGACUUUAAAGAUGAGCAGAAAAAGAGCAUCUUGGAAAAAUAUGGAGGUGAGGAACACUUAGAUGCUCCACCUGUGGAACUACUACUGGCUCAAACUGAGGACUAUGUGGAAUACUCUCGCCAUGGAACAGUCAUUAAGGGGCAAGAGAAGGCAGUUGCACGUUCAAAGUAUGAAGAAGAUGUUCUUAUUAACAAUCACACAUGCAUAUGGGGCUCGUAUUGGAGAGAUGGCCGAUGGGGCUAUAAGUGCUGUCACUCUUUUGUCAAAAUGUCUUACUGCACUGGUGAAGCUGGCAAAAGUAAUACUAAUGCUGAUCUGUGUGAAGAGGACUUCAUGCCAAUAGAAGAGGAAUUCACGAGACCAAAGACUUUAGUUGAGAUUCAUCAAGACAAAUUAAAAGAAAAGAAAAAGAAGAAGAAAAAGCACAGUAAAAGCGUUGAUUCUGAUAGUGACAGCGACGAGAAGAAAAAGGAAAAAUUAAAGAAGGCAUUAAAUGCAGAAGAAGCGCGUCUGAAGCAUGUGAAUGAACUACUGCAGAUAGAUGAAAGAAAGAGGGCAUACAACAGUCUGUAUGAGAUACGGGAGCCAACGGAGGAAGAAAUGGAGGCUUUCAGAAUGAAAAGACAGAGGCCAGAUGACCCAAUGGCCUCCUUCCUUGGACAGUAGUUUGUUCUUUCACUAAAUUGUGGGAGUGCUUUGUUGGUUUUUAAGAUUUUGGAAGGGGGACUAUUUGUACAACAGUACAAAAAUAAAUGCGUUCAGCCACUAUGUAAACUAAUUUUAAAAUAAUGCAGUACUUUGUAAUACAUUUUUUUAAUACAAAGUUUCUCUACAUUCUGACCCUAAACAAAACUGAGGGCGCAGCUGACUGGACAGUUCUAAGUUAGAUAUUUUUAAUUUGCUAAGAGCAAGGUCUCCCAACUAUUAUUUAUUUUCAUUUGUGAAGCAACCAGAUCUACCAGUCCAUGUGCAUCUCUUAAUAGAAAGCUGUAUUACAAAUGAGUUUAUGGUAUGUAUGUGUGCAGUGGAAAACCAGAACUGUCCGUGAGAUCUGGUCACUGCAGCAGGAAUAUAGCAUGACAAUUUUCUUCUAAGAGGCAUUCAGAUAUAGAUAUAUUUUCAUUUUUAUUUUUGCAUAUUCAUAAAGCUUUCACACCACCUUGAAGUCACAAAAAAAAGAAAAAAAUGUCAAGUCUCAAACAUGAAUAAACUCGUAGUCAAUUAAUGGGGCCACACUUAUGUUAUUGGCUCUUGGCACCACAUUUGAGUCUAAAUCCUGUUCUUGCGACAUUGGGUUCCUGCAAGCAUUUUUUUCCACUGUAUGUAUGUAAAAAGCACCGGGUGAUUUGAUUUUGUAAAAUAUUUCCAAUCUACCUAACUUUUGCCCAGUAAUUACAAUAAGUUGACUUUUU